UAGAAAAAAAAAAAAAAACAAAAUCAAUAAACAAAUUCACAAAGGAACAGGACGCAACUAUUUUGGAUUUGCUUGGACUCAAAACAAAUGGCCCAGUCUUCACAAAUAAAUCAAUCGCCUCCUGCAAAGGGAAAUAAUGGAGUCGCAACGGAAGAUGUCACUCCAGAAAGCGAAUUUGAGGGAUUCCAUAACUACACUGCAGCCGAAGUUUUCAUACAAGGUCUAGCUGGAUUAGUAAAUCAAGGCGAUGUCGAAACCAUGAUACGCGCGCAGAAACAAAUGUUACAGCGCUUUGAGAAGACGAAUGAGAUGAUGUUAAACUGUAAUCAAUUAUCACAAAGUCGCCUGAAAAAUGCAAACGACGACUUUAAAAAGCAUGUAAAAUUGUUAACUGAAAUGAAAAAGGAUCUUGAUUACAUUUUUCGAAAAGUGCGUUCCAUUAAACAAAAACUGAACCAACAAUAUCCCUUAGCCUACGCCGAAGCCCAACCACAAAGAAGCAGCUUAGCUGAAGAAGCAGAAGACGAGACAGAAGUAGCGAGU